GUUGAAAGGUUACAGGCACGUCAACUCAGAGCAGGGUACUCCAUGUGGGGAAAAGUGUUGGCUGUAGCGCAUGUUUUUGAGGAUCUUGGAUAAUAAAUAUACAACAUAAACCUAGCCCUAUCCUUUUUCAAGUUAACAGACGUUUGUUUUUAAUAGUGUACAUGGGUAUUUGUUAGUGGUUCGGUGGGCAUGCGACUUCUGAAGUUGAAGAACAACACUUUAAAACUCAACCAACCGGCAUUGGGUUAUUGUUAAUUAUACACUUCAUUUUUUAAAAUACUUUUUUUGUUUCUUUAAAAAUCGUUUUACAUUUAGGCUAGGAAUUAACAUGGGUAAAAACCGCAUCGACACCCCCAGAUCGAAUCGUGUGGCCGUGAAAAGGAGCACAGAUUCCGGCAACAUGGAGAGGGAAGGUAGUCAGAUGAAGCGAGAAGAAAUUAAAAGAAUGAAACACUUGGAAACGCUGACGGCGCUGGGCGAGAAGGAAGAUGCCGAGAAGCAUUUGGAAGAGUUGGUGUUUGGAGCAGAGGACGAACUUCUUGAGAGGCUCGGCGCUGCAGAGACUAAAGGAACUGUGAGUGGGAAUCUGCUGGAUGAAGACUCCAGUGAUUCAGAAGUAGAAAAUGAGGCCCGGUUCCAGGUCCAGUCUGCCCAGAAGGCUGCCUGGGAGGACGAGGAUGACCAGGGGGAGGAGAUAGUUGACAUGACUCACCGCUUCAGGAAAGAUAUGGUGAAGAGUGAUGCGGAGAAGCAGCUGCCAAAGGGAAAAUUACAGCAGAGACUGCGGGAACAGUUCCAGAGAGCAAUGGGUGGCACGCCAGCAUGGGCAGAAAAAAGGGUGUUGAAAAAAAAGAGAGGCAAAAAAAAUGCGGAGAAUGAUGACAGUGAAGAGGAGGAGGAGGAGGAGGAGAAUGAUUUGCUACAUAGGACUGGCAACUUUGUGACAUCUUCCCAAUCUCUCCCCAAAGGUUUCAUAGAGAUAAAAAACUGCUUACAUGCAAACAACCACCGACCUUCAGAUGCCUGUUUAACAAGUGUUCAGUUUCAUCCCUCGGCCCAAGUGAUCAUGACUGCAGGGAUAGACCAGUCUAUUUCCCUUUUCCAGGUGGAUGGCAAGACUAAUCCGAAAAUCCAGAGUAUCCACCUGGAGAAGUUUCCUGUCUACAAGGCCCGCUUCAGUGCUGACGGAGAGCAGGUCAUUGCAACCAGCAUGCAUAAUAAAAUGUUCUACGUGUAUGACAUGAUGGAAGGGAAAAUCAUACCCAUCUACGGUGUCAGAGGAUUAGAAGAGAAACGAGUGAAGCAGUUUGAGGUUUCUCCAGAUGGUUCACUGCUUCUUCUAACUGGGACUUCAGGAUAUCUCCACCUUCUGACAAUGAAGACAAAGGAGCUGGUGAGCAGCAUGAAGAUCAAUGGGAAAGCCAUAGGUGCUGCCUUCUCCCCUGAUGGAAGCAAAAUCUACACCAACUCUGAUGAAGGGGAGGUCUUUGUUUGGGAUGUUAAAAGCAGGACUUGCCUAAAUAGGUUUACAGAUGAAGGCUGUUUAAAAGGCACGUGCAUUGCUGUGUCCAGAAACGGACAGUAUUUGGCUUGUGGAUCGAAUUCUGGAGUGGUAAACGUCUACUCGCAUGAUGUAUGCCUUCAGGAAUCAAACCCUAAACCUUUAAAGGCCAUAAUGAAUCUGGUGACAUCAGCCACUUCCUUGUCUUUUAAUCCAACCACAGAAAUCCUUGCAGUGGCCUCCAACGCAGCAGAUGAAGCAGUCAAACUGGUGCACAUCCCUAGUUUUACAGUAUUUUCAAACUUCCCUGUCAUGAAAAAGAAGGCCAUUCACCUGGCACAGUGCAUGGACUUCUCCCCUAGAAGUGGCUUUUUCUCCAUUGCAACCAACAAAGGCAAAGCUUUAUUGUACAGGUUAAAGCAUUACACAGAAUUUUAAUUGGAUUCACCCAGUUCAUGUAUUAAUUCAGAUAUUCCUGUGGUGUAAUCAUGAUUCAUGAAGCCAUUAGCUUUCCUCUACCUGUGACCGUCGAUGAGCACAAUUCCCAAAAUAAGAAUACGUCUCCUUUCCUCUAUUUGACAUUUCUGAUUAACUUUGCCGCCUUCAUUGUUGUAUGGUGUUUAGGGAUUUUUUUAUUUUAUUUUUUUACCAUGCUUUUGGUUUUCUCUGCCAAAGCUGCUGUAAUACAAGAUUAAUGUCAAAUUUGUCUCUUGUUUGUGAAACAGAUUAGUUAAGGCAUAGCACUGUAAGACCAAACAAUUCCAUAACUCGUCGUUUUUGUAGUGAUUGGUUCCUUUUAUCAUUUAUUAUUUUGUAUUUUAAUACUUACUGAUGUUCAUUUUCAGAUUUUCUUAAGUGAAAUGGAUAUUAGCAUUGUGCUGUGACCAUAGGUGAAACCAGUGCCACAAUGAUAUGCUUACCCAAUUUACUUCAGAAAAUCUGCCUUGGUCUUUUCAGAUUUUUUUGUUGGAAUAUUUACUAUCAGAGGACUGUCUCAAAUUAUAUAUUAGUAAAAUAAAGAUGAUCCCUUUAAAUUCCCA